AUGUCCAGUGGUCUUGUUUGUCGCCUCAGAGCUGCCACCCGUGAUGCUGCAGAAGAUGAGGGAGGUGUGUGAGCUGUCAAGUGAAACCUGCUCCUAUCUCAACCACUGCCUCAGCCUCUUCUCCAGACCGGAUGGGGUGUGUCACAUCACGUCUGUGUCUACUAAUGCUUUUUGUCCAUAGCAGCUGUCUCCAGUGAUUAUGUUAAUGUUGCUCUAGUGUUAUUUUUCGGGAAGUGCGUUUUCAUAGCAAGGUUUGACACAGGACUUGUGAAGAGCAGAACCAACAACUUCUACAUAAUCAAAACAGUUGCUUUGUGAGAAGGUGUUAACCACGGAAGGUGUUAACCCAUGUUCACAGUUAGCCAGUGUUAUGCAAAUGAAGCCCAGAAAGUCCAAGUGGCCUCACCUUGGCCCCAGAUCAGAGCAGAUCCACCGAGGUCAUGGGCCAGUGAGUCAUUAGAGCCGGGCCGUGGCAGUGGAAACACAGAAGUCUGAGGCUUGUUGUAAAAUCCUGGGGAAAAUCCUUAGUGGAAAUUCGCCAUAGACUUACUACCAAUAUACACAAACACACACACUGAGCAAGGCUGUGCCAUUGGCAGGUAGUUGAUUAAUGCAGCUGGUUCAUGGGAUUCAAAGGGGACGGAAAAGGGAUGGAGCCGUGAGAAGUGUGUUUUAUGCUGAUGUUUACAAUCAGCUGGGAAAUCUCUCCCAGACACACAAGCACGUAAAGGACAGAAAGUUACUCAUAUACUCACAAAGUAAGUUGAUUAAAGAGGAUACACUCUGAAGAGAAAGACUCAAGUACAGUGCAUUCGGAAAGUAGACAGACCCCUUGACUUUUUCCACAUUUUGUUAUGUUACAGCCUUAUUCUAAAAUGGAUUAAACCGUUUUUUCCCUCCUCAAUCUACACACAAUACCCCAUAAUGACAAAGCAAAAAGCGUUUUUCUACAUUUUUUUGCAAAUGCAUAAAAAUAAAAAUAAAAACGGACAUAGAACAUUUACAUACAGUGAGGGAAAAAAGUAUUUGAUCCCCUGCUGAUUUUGUACGUUUGCCCACUGACAAAGACAUGAUCAGUCUAUAAUUUUAAUGGUAGGUUUAUUUGAACAGUGAGAGACAGAAUAACAACAACAAAAUCCAGAAUAACGCAUGUCAAAAAUGUUAGAAAUUGAUUUGCAUUUUAAUGAGGGAAAUAAGUAUUUGACCCCUCUGCAAAACAUUGACUUAGUACUUGGUGGCAAAACCCUUGUUGGCAAUCACAGAGGUCAGACGUUUCUUGUAGUUGGCCACCUGGUUUGCACACAUCUCAGGAGGGAUUUUGUCCCACUCCUCUUUGCAGAUCUUCUCCAAGUCAUUAAGGUUUCGAGGCUGAUGUAUGGCAACUCGAACCUUCAGCUCCCUCCACAGAUUUUCUAUGGGAUUAAGGUCUGGAGACUGGCUAGGCCACUCUAGGACCUUAAUGUGCUUCUUCUUGAGCCACUCCUUUGUUGCCUUGGCUGUGUGUUUUGGGUCAUUGUCAUGCUGGAAUACCCAUCCACGACCCAUUUUCAAUGCCCUGGCUGUGGGAAGGAGGUUCUCACCCAAGAUUUGACGGUACAUGGCCCCGUCCAUCGUCCCUUUGAUGCGGUGAAGUUGUCCUGUCCCCUUAGCAGAAAAACACCCCCAAAGCAUAAUGUUUCCACCUCCAUGUUUGACGGUGGGGAUGGUGUUCUUGGGGUCAUAGGCAGCAUUCCUCCUCCUCCAAACACGGCGAGUUGAGUUGAUGCCAAAGAGCUCGAUUUUGGUCUCAUCUGACCACAACACUUUCACCCAGUUCUCCUCUGAAUCAUUCAGAUGUUCAUUGGCAAACUUCAGACGGGCCUGUAUAUGUGCUUUCUUGAGCAGGGGGACCUUGCGGUCGCUGCAGGAUUUCAGUCUUUCACGGUAGUGUGUUACCAAUUGUUUUCUUGGUGACUAUGGUCCCAGCUGCCUUGAGAUCAUUGACAAGAUCCUCCCGUGUAGUUCUGGGCUGAUUCCUCACCGUUCUCAUGAUCAUUGUAACUCCACGAGGUGAGAUCUUGCAUGGAGCCCCAGGCCGAGGGAGAUUGACAGUUAUUUUGUGUUUCUUCCAUUUGCGAAUAAUCGCACCAACUAUUUUCACCUUCUCACCAAGCUGCUUGGCGAUGGUCUUGUAGCCCAUUCCAGCCUUGUGUAGGUCUACAAUCUUGUCCCUGACAUCAUUGAAGAGCUCUUUGGUCUUGGCCAUGGUGGAGAGUUUGGAAUCUGAUUGAUUGAUUGCUUCUGUGGCAGGUGUCUUUUCUACAGGUAACAAGCUGAGAUUAGGAUCACUCCCUUUAAGAGUGUGCUCCUAAUCUCAGCUCGUUACCUGUAUAAAAGACACCUGGGGGCCAGAAAUCUUUCUGAUUGAGAGGGGGUCAAAUACUUAUUUCCCUCAUUAACAUGCAAAUCAAUUUAUAACAUUUUUGACAUGCGUUUUUCUGAAUUUUGUUGUUGUUAUUCUGUCUCUCACUGUUCAAAUAAACCUACCAUUAAAAUUAUAGACGGAUCAUUUCUUUGUCAGUGGGCAAACGUACAAAAUCAGCAGGGGAUCAAGUACUUUUUUCCCUCACUGUAAGUAUUCAGACCCUUUACUCAGCACUUUGUUGAAGCACCUUUGUCAGCGAUUACAACCUCGAGUCUUCUUGGGAUUGAUGCUACAAGCUUGGCACACCUGUAUUUGGGGAGUUGCUCCCAUUCUUCUCUGCAGAUUGGAUUGGGAACAUCGCUGCACAGCUAUUUUCAGGUCUCUCCAGAGAUGUUCGAUCAGGUUCAUGUCCUGGCUCUGGUUGGGCCACCCAAGGACAUUCAGAGACUUGUACCGAAGCCACUCCUGCGUUGUCUUGGCUGUGUGCUUAGGGUCGUUAUCCUGUUGGAAGGUGAACAUUCACCCCAGUCUGAGGUUCGGAGCGCUCUGGAACAGAUUUUCAUCAAGGAUCUCUCUGUACUUUGCUCCGUUCAUCUUUCCCUCAAUCCUGACUAGUCUCCCAGUCCCUGCCGCUGAAAAACAUCCCCACAGCAUGAUGCUGCCACCACCAUGCUUCACCGUAGGGAUGGUAUUGGCCAGAUGAUGAGCGGUGCCUGGUUUCCUCCAGACGUGGCGCUUGGCAUUCAGGCCAAAGAGUUCAAUCUUGGUUUCAUCAGACCAGAGAAUCUUGUUUCUCAUGGUCUGAGAGUCCUUUAGGUGCCUUUUGGCAAACUCCAAGCGGGCUGUCAUGUGUCUUUUACUGAGGAGAGGCUUCCAUCUGGCCACUCUACCAUAAAGGCCUGAUUGGUGGAGUUCUGAAGAGAUGGUUGUUCUUCUGGAAGGUUCUCCCAUCUCCACAGAGAAACUCUGGAACUCUGUCAGAGUGACCAUCAGGUUCUUGGUCACCUCCCUGACCAAGGCCCUUCUUCCACGAUUGCUCAGUUUGGCCGGGCGGCCAGCUCUAGGAAGAGUCUUGGUGGUUCCAAACUUCUUCAAUUUAAGAAUGAUGGAGGCCACUGUGUUCUUUAGGACCUGCAGUGCUGCAGAAAUUAGUUUGGACCCUUCCCCAGAUCUGUACCUCUACACAGUCUUGGAGCUCUACGGACAAUUCCUUCAACCUCAUGGCUUGGUUUUUGCUCUGACAUGCACUGUCAACUGUGGGACCUAAUAUAGACUGGUGUGUGCCUUUCCAAAUCAUGUCCAAUCAAUUAAAUUUACCACAGGUGGACUCCAAUCAAGUUGUAGAAACAUCUCAAGGAUGAACAUUAAAUCUCAAGACAGUUUUCUGCUCCCAAAACUAGAAUCUGUUGAGAACAGAGUGCACUAAGUUUUGUAGACAUGACCCUUUGCCAAUUUAAAAAAAAAAAUGCCGUUGUUUAGAAGGAGUGCAAGGGCGAAUUGAGUUAUUGCACACGGAAAUAUAUAUAUAUAUAUAUUUAAAUGUGCCAAUAUGAUUUCGCUAGCUCGGACUUGGCUCUGCCCACCUCCUUGCUUGUUCUACCCACUAUGCUUCAUUUGCUCCCAUUGGAAAUUACGUUGAUGAGAUGUCUUGGGUUAGUUACCAGUAUCUUUGCUAACAGUGCUAGCUAGCUUCCCCUUGAGAUGGGCUCUAGAGCCUAGCAGUGCUAGCUAGCUACCCCUUGAGUGGAGGAGGCUGUUGAGCCACUGUACAGUAUGAAACUGACCAGCAGUCAUGACCUUGGUAGAUGUUGCUCUCCCAUACAAUGGUGUACAUGGACCUGAGGGUGAACUAUUAAUGAGGCACAGUUUGAUAUACUAAUGUGUCCAAAUGCAUUUACAUCAUACUGUAGAUUAUAUCUGAUGUUUUGACACAAACUGUUCGUGUUUUGUGAGGUGGCAUGUCAGGUGGGGUAUGUAUGUUUGUUUGACACUGUAUGCAGAUAGAUUAUACAAGUGGUUAGGAAUUUUCAACACACAAAUGUUUCUUAAAAAGACUAGAAGAGAAGUGGUCAAUUUCUCCUCAACCCUCAACCAUGAAAGACUAUCAUGCAUAUUGUUAAUGUUAGUUAUUUGUGUGCAGUUAAGGGCAAGGCAUGGUGCUUUGUUUUGAGCCAGCUGCAGCUUUGCUAGGUCUUUCUUUGCUGCACCUGGCCAUGUUACUGGACAUCAAGAUGGGACAAGAUCAAAGACUGAAUAACUAGUACAGUUGAUCUUUGUGCCAAAAAUGCAGAACAUAUUUUUAUAACAGACAUACCUCUCCCCAUCUUCACAACAACUUUGUCAAUAUGACAAUAGUGACUGUCUGAUAGUAAUUCUCUAUAGAACUACGUCUGCCAUUACUCAGAGUCACACUCCAGCUCAAGCUACUGGGAAGGCAAAUGUUACUACUAUUGCUAAGUGAUAUUACAGUACUGUCAUGCCCUGGCUCUGGGGACGCUUGUAUGUUGAGCCAGGGUGUGAGUUUUCUUUGUUUGUUCUAGUUUUGUAUUUCUAUGUUGGCCAGGGUGGCUCCCAAUCGGAGACGGCUGUAGCUCGUUGUCUCUGAUUGGGAGCCAUACUUAGGUAGCCGUUUGGCAUUGUUUUAUGUGGGAUCUUGUUCCGUAUGGUUUGUGUUGUAACCAAGGACUUCACGUUUCGUAUCGUUUGUUGUUUUGUUCGGGUGAUUAUUCUAAUAAAUAAAAGUAUGUUCGCCUUCCACGCUGUGCCUUGGUCCUCUGUAUCCGACGAUCGUGACAGAAGAUCCCACCAUAACUGGACCAAGCAGCGUGUCCAGGAGCCAACGCCAGAGGUGACUCUGAAGGAUAUCAACCUCGACUGGGUCAAGCUGCGGGAGGAGGAGAGAGGCUGGACUUUGGAGCAGUGGAGCAAGAGUCUGGCGAGAGCCAUGGAGGCCUGGCCCACGGGGAGGAGAGACGGCCAGAAAAUUUUUAGGGGGGGGGCUCACGCCGUGGACGACGGGGCAGCAGGAGGCCGCCAGGUUACGGGAGUCACUGGUCACCAGGGGGAAGGAGGAUGUAGAGGCACGGCGAGAGGUACUGGGGUGUGUUGCCAGUCCGGUCCGGCCCGUUCCUGAUUCCCGUGUAGGGCCAGUGGUACGGUCCGGCUUGUUCCUGUCCCUCGCACCGAGCCUGUGGUGCGCGUCGCCAGCCCGGUCCGGCCUGUUCCUGCCCCUCGCACCAAACCAGUGGUGCGCUUCGUCAGCCCGGUCCGGCCCGUUCCUGCUCCCCGCACCAAGCCGGUGGUGUGCGUCGUCAGUCCGGCACAGCCCGUGCCUGUUCCACCGGUGCCUGGUCCAGCACCGGUCAGCUGCUCCACGCCAGAGCUAGAGCAAUCCGCUCCACCAGUGUUCAGUCCAGCUCCAGCCAGCAGGGCCAGACCGGACCAGGGGUACUUUGGGGGGUUAGAGAGGGAGUGGGGAUCAUGCCCGGAGCCGGAUCCGCCGCCAAGGCGGAGUGCCCACCCGGUCCCUCCCCUGUGGUGUUUGGUUGGCGCGGUCGGAGUCCGCGCCUUUGGGGGGGGGUACUGUCAUGCCCUGGCUCUGGGGACGCUUGUAUGUUGAGCCAGGGUGUGAGUUUUCUUUGUUUGUUCUAGUUUUGUAUUUCUAUGUUGGCCAGGGUGGCUCCCAAUCGGAGACGGCUGUAGCUCGUUGUCUCUGAUUGGGAGCCAUACUUAGGUAGCCGUUUGGCAUUGUUUUAUAUGGGAUCUUGUUCCGUAUGGUUUGUGUUGUAACCAAGGACUUCACGUUUCGUAUCGUUUGUUGUUUUGUUCGUGUGGUGUUCUCUAAAUAAUAAAGUAUGUUCACAUUCCACGCUGCGCAUUGGUCCUCUCUUCCCGACGAUCGUGACAAGUACCAUCAUCUGCUGAUUAUAACACAGCAUCUCCUGAGGGGUGAUUCUACUACUGCUUCUGUUGCUGCUGGUUCCUCAACAGUGCUCUGUUUUGUGAGCUCACAGACUAAUGCCAGUGUCCCACUGUGCAGGCCUAUGUUAUGGGAUAAACUCUUUACCAGCAAAGCAAAUGGAAGAGGCUAGAGUUAUUGUGAGUUAAUUUGCAGCGCUGGUUCAGUGAGUCUUUGCUGUGAUUGUGUAGUGAGUGUGUUAUUGUAGUUGGUUCCUGGUUUGAAGUGUGACUGUUUCACUGUGUCUCACUGCUACUGCAUCUUAUGGUUGUAGAUGUUGUAGUACUGCGUGCGUGCAUGUGUGCGCUUGUGUGUCUGUGCGUGUGUGGUUGUUUUGUGGCGUGUGUGUGUGUGUGUUUGGGGCUCAGGUGCGCAGUCUGAAAUUGGAGCAGGAGGUUGAGAAGAAUAAUAUCCUGUCUGAAGAACUUCAGACUCUGGCUACAGAGCACCACGAACUAGAGCUGUCCGUUGUCAAGGGCUCCUCUCCACGGAGCGCGCUCAGUGAGGAUGAGUUCUACGACGCUAUGUCUGGUGAGUAUGGCUUGUUUUUAUUUACAAUCGGAAUAGAAUUGAAAUGAGAGAGCUUGAGAUAAAAAAAACUGGUGUCUUGUCUCACAUGUUUGACAGUAUGAUUAUUUUCUUGGUGCCUAUGCAUUUUAUAGUCUAGGUCCCUUAAACUCAACUCUGGACCUCUAAGCCAGUUCCACUACUUGUUUUAAUUGUUCUCCUCUAAUUAGGGACUGAUUUAGACCUGGCACACCAGGUGUGUGCAAUUAAUUAUCAGGUAGAACAGAAAACCAACAGGCUCCGAACCACAUAGGGUAAGAGUUGAAUACCCCUUGUCUAGGUGUUUACAUGUUGUGCUAAGAUGACUUUCUUGUUUGAAUGUAGUGUGUGCAUCAAUUUAGUUGCAAUUGAGCAAUACCUACGAAGUACUAUUUCACUUUGAAAAGGCUUUUUUUGUCACAAGAUGGCCUAUGAUAAUGGUUAUGAUGAGCUUUGUAACGCUUGAUUGACUGAUGCCUUCAGCCUUCAGGUUGGUUCAGGGCUCUUUAAAUGCAAUUCUAUCCACAGAUCUGGUUUCUUCUGUUAGGGCUAUAGUGAGGCUCAGGGAAAGGUGUCAGUUGUCGAUAGCGACACAGUCAUUCAUAGCACUGUCACUCAUAUAUCCAGUCCCUGCCUUUACAACAUGCCUGCUUACGCCCUUUCAUCUCAGACUUAGACUCGGAGCACUCUCUGAGCGUCUUUGAGGCAGUGGCCAGUCAUUCGUUCAACAAGGACGAGGAGAAAGGCUUGUCCUGUUCAACAGUGAGCGCAACCAGCAUGUCUCGGGAGGAUCACCAUGGCAAUGAGGAGUCCCGACCCAAUGGGAUCGUGAGGCACAGGUGAGCUGAGCCAAGUCCCCCCCCCCCCCCCCCGACACACCACCUCCUACCCACCCAGCGUCUCUCCCAUCCACCCUACAUCCAAGCACACACAGGGAACAGUCCCAUUUAUAGUACACAGCUGUUUUAGAAAGUAGAAGCUUCAGAUUUGGAUUAAACCGGGAAAGAAAAGCCUCUUUGCAUAAUAAACUACAGGUAACUGCAAAAAUAAAGGAAACACUUGAGUAAAGGAGGUAUACAAAGUAUAUUGAAAGCAGGUACUUCCACACAGGUGUGGUUCCUGAGUUAAUUAUGCAAUUAAAACAUCCCAUCAUGCUUAGGGUCAUGUAGAAGAAUGCCCAGUUGCCCAUUAUUUUGGCUAGCAUGGCUAGAAGAAGAGCUCUCAGUGACUUUGAAAGAGGGGUCUCAAAGGAUCAUAAAGGGUGUGUGUGUGUGUCUGUCUCAGUCAUCAGAGCUCAACCUAAUUGAACACUUAUGGGAGAUUUUGAAGUGGUGCCUGAGACUGUUUUCCACCACCAUCAACAAAGCACUGAAUUAUGGAAUUCCUCGUGGAAGAAUGAUAUCGCAUCCCUCCAAUAGAGUUCCAGACACUUGUAGAAUCUAUGCCCAUUGCCCUAUUAAGACACUUUGUCACUUUUUCUAUAUUUUGGCAGUAACCUGUACCUUUUUAAAGUCAUAUUUUUGUUGUUGUUUGUCAAUUAAACUUUUGUCUCUCCCUUUCCGUUUGAGAGAACCGUUUUUGUAAAAAAAAGCCUAGAGCAGUGGCAAAGGCAAAGAAACAUCCUGUGUUUUAUCUCCUACUUUAGACCAGUGUUGGAACUGAGUGGUUCUUAGGACUAACUUAAUACAGAGGUGGAGUUUCUUCCAGCUCCUAACUAUCAGUCUUGUUGUUUAUCCUACUGUUUGUUUUCUUGUUGUGUUCCUAGACUACAUAUGGUGGAUUUUUAGUGUGUUUUCAGAGUCAGUGUGUGAAUAAUUGAGCAAGGCAGCUUGGCUGGUCCAGGCAGGAGAAAGGCUCUCAUUGAGUAGGCUGAGUGCUGUGUAGAACCAGUUAAACAUUGAUGUGGUCACAGUGUCAUGCAAUAAUCGGAAUUCAGUAGGACCCUAUGUUGACUGAUCUGAACGCUGAACGCUGAUCAGGACAUAGAAGUGGAGGCCAGGCUUUUGGGAUGGCCAUACAUUUUUAUACUUUUUCAAAUCUGUCUCAUUCACUGUUUUUAAAGAAAAACAUUAAAAACAUAAAAACCUGUGGUGGUCCAAAUGGUCAAGCCCAACCUGACUGACUGACAGUGGUAGUUAGCAUAUGUGCUUAAUGGGAUGUAUAAACCACAGGUUUUUAUCUUCUUCACAUGUCUUUGUGUGAGCAAGCAUUUGUGUUAAAUAUAGGUGUUCAUGGUGCCAACAUGUACAUUUGUUGGUAAGAUUACUCUUGCCUUAAAAUGGAGUAGAAGUGAAGGCCUCAAGGAGCAGAUAUUUCCAUGGAUGGCUACUGGACAGUAGUGGUGUAGUGGUGUUGAUUUUAGACCUGGGCUUUGGUCCAAUAUGUCAGCUCUACACGUGCCUGAAACUAAACUGAAGGCUUUUGUUGCACUCAGCAGACUAUAUUCGCCUGAAUAAGAUAUGACUCCUGCAUUAGAUAUAAACCAUCUGUUACAUGCCUGGCACGUCUCAUUGAAAUAAAUGCAGAUCACAGUAUGAUAAGGGUAGUGUCAAAGUCAACAGAGCACACCGUGAUACUUGUAUCAUUUGUACAUUUACCAGAUUUUAUGUUUGUGCAUCUGUAUAUCCCUCACUACAGCACAAGUUUACCUGCAUCCAUGUUCUCCAGAAAUGACUUUAGCAUGUGGAGUAUCCUGAGGAAAUGCAUUGGCAUAGUGAGCUAUCAACCAGAAGCACUCAGCUUUAUUGUUCCUCUCCAAACCCCCGUAACAUGAUGAAUAAAGGGAACCUUCCUCUUAAAGCCUGGCCAUAAUAGUGCCUGUAUUGUAGAUCAGUCAAUCCAAUACUGAUGUGGUGUGCAGAAAGUAACCUACAUCUAUACAAUUAUGUGUGGAGCUUUUCUUUAGCAACAGCUUACAGCAUGUACAGUGAGGGAAAAAAGUAUUUGAUCCCCUGCUGAUUUUGUACGUUUGCCCACUGACAAAGACAUGAUCAAUCUAUAAUUUUAAUGGUAGGUUUAUUUGAACAGUGAGAGACAGAAUAACAACCAAAAAAUCCAGAAAAACGCAUGUCAAAAAUGUUAUAAAUUGAUUUGCAUUUUAAUGAGGGAAAUAAGUAUUUGACCCCUCUGCAAAACAUGACUUAGUACUUGGUGGCAAAACCCUUGUUAGCAAUCACAGAGGUCAGACGUUUCUUAUAGUUGGCCACCAGGUUUGCACACAUCUCAGGAGGGAUUUUGUCCCACUCCUCUUUGCAGAUCUUCUCCAAGUCAUUAAGGUUUCGAGCCUGUCGUUUGGCAACUCGAACCUUCAGCUCCCUCCACAGAUUUUCUAUGGGAUUAAGGUCUGGAGACUGGCUAGGCCACUCCAGGACCAUAAUGUGCUUCUUCUUGAGCCACUCCUUUGUUGCCUUGGCUGUGUGUUUUGGGUCAUUGUCAUGCUGGAAUACCCAUCCACGACCCAUUUUCAAUGCCCUGGCUGAGGGAAGGAGGUUCUCACCCAAGAUUUGAUGGUACAUGGCCCCGUCCAUCGUCCCUUUGAUGCAGUGAAGUUGUCCUGCCCCCUUAGCAGAAAAACACCCCCUAAGCAUAAUGUUUCCACCUCCAUGUUUGAUGGUGGGGAUGGUGUUCUUGGGGUCAUAGGCAGCAUUCCUCCUCCUCCAAACACGGCAAGUUGAGUUGAUGCCAAAGAGCUCGAUUUUGGUCUCAUCUGACCACAACACUUUCACCCAGUUCUCCUCUGAAUCAUUCAGAUGUUCAUUGGCAAACUUCAGACGGCCCUGUAUAUGUGCUUUCUUGAGCAGGGGGACCUUGCGGGCGCUGCAGGAUUUCAGUCCUUCACGGCGUAGUGUGUUACCAAUUGUUUUCUUGGUGACUAUGGUCCCAGCUGCCUUGAGAUCAUUGACAAGAUCCUCCCGUGUAGUUCUGGGCUGAUUCCUCACUGUUCUCAUGAUCAUUGCAACUCCACGAGGUGAGAUCUUGCAUGGAGCCCCAGGCCAAGGGAGAUUGACAUCCUUGGAGAGCUCUUUGGUCUUGGCCAUGGUGCAGAAUCUGUUUGAUUGAUUGCUUCUUUGGAUAGGUGUCUUUUGUACAGGUAACAAACUGAGAUUAGGAGCACUCCCUUUAAGAGUGUGCCCCUAAUCUCAGCUCGUUACCUGUAUAAAAGACACCUGGGAGCCAGAAAUCUUUCUGAUUGAGAGGGGGUCAAAUACUUAUUUCCCUCAUUAAAAUGCAAAUCAAUUUAUAACAUUUUUGACAUGCGUUUUUCUGGAUUUUUUGGUUGUUAUUCUGUCUCUCACUGUUCAAAUAAACCUACCAUUAAAAUUAUAGACUGAUCAUUUCUUUGUCAGUGGGCAAAUGUACAAAAUCAGCAGGGGAUCAAAUACUUUUUUCCCUCACUGUAUAUACAGUUGAAGUCGGAAGUUUACAUACACUUAGUUUGUUAACAAGAAUCCAACCUAUAGUUUUGGCAAGUCGGAUAGGACAUCUACUUUGUCCAUGACACAAGUAAUUUUUCCAACAAUUGUUUACAGACAGAUUAUUUCACUUAUAAUUCACUGUAUCACAAUUCCAGUGGGUCAGAAGUUUACAUACACUAAGUCGACUGUGCCUUUAAACAGCUUGAAAUCAUUUGUGUCAAUUGGAGGUGUACCUGUGGAUGUAUUUCAAGGCCUACCUUCAAACUCAGUGCCUCUUUGCUUGACAUCAUGGGAAAAUCAAAAGAAAUCAGCCAAGACCUCAGAAAAACAAUUGUAGACCUCCACAAGUCUGGUUCAUCCUUGGGAGCAAUUUCCAAAUGCCCUGAAGGUACCACGUUCAUCUGUACAAACAAUAGUAUGCAAGUAUAAACACCAUGGGAUCACGCAGCCGUCAUACCGCUCAGGAAGGAGACGCGUUCUGUCUCCUAGAGAUGAACGUACUUUGGUGUGAAAAGUGCAAAUCAAUCCCAGAACAACAGCAAAGGACCUUGUGAAGAUGCUGGAGGAAACAGGUACAAAAGUAUCUAUAUCCACAGUAAAAAGAGUCCUAUAUCGACAUAACCUGAAAGGCCGCUCAGCAAGGAAGAAGCCACCGCUCCAAAACCGCCAUAAAAAAGGCAGACUACGGUUUGCAACUGCACAUGGGGACAAAGAUCAAACUUUCUGGAGAAAUUUCCUCUGGUCUGAUGAAACAAAAAUAGAACUGUUUGGCCAUAAUGACCAUCGUUAUGUUUUUAGGAAAAAUGGGGAACACCAUUCCAACCGUGAAGAACGGGGUGGCAGCAUCAUGCUGUGGGGGUGCUUUGCUGCAGGAGGGGCUGGUGCACUUCACAAAAUAGAUGGCAUCAUGAGGAAGGAAAAUGAUGUGGAUAUAUUGAAGCAACAUCUCAAGACAUCAGUCAGGAAGUUAAAGCUUGGUCGCAAAUGGGUCUUCCAAAUGGACAAUGACCCUAAGCAUACUUCCAAAGUUGUGGCAAAAUGGCUUAAGGACAACAAAGUCAAGGUAUUGGAGUGGCCAUCACAAAGCCCUGACCUCAAUCCUAUAGAGAAUUUGUGGGCAGAACUGAAAAAACGUGUGCGAGCAAGGAGGCCUACAAACCUGACUCAGUUACACAAGCUCUGUCAGGAGGAAUGGGCCAAAAUUCACCCAACUUAUUGUGGGAAGCUUGUGGAAGGCUACCCGAAACAUUUGACCCAAGUUAAACAAUUUAAAGGCAAUGCUACCAAAUACUAAUUGAGUGUAUGUAAACUUCUGACCCACUGGGAAUGUGAUGAAAUAAUUAAAAGCUGAAAUAAAUCAUUCUCUCUACUAUUAUUCUGACAUUUCACAUUCUUAAAAUAAAGUGGUGAUCCUAACUGACCUAAGACAGGGAAUUUUUAUUAGGAUUAAAUGUCAGGAAUUGUGAAAAACUGAGUUUAAAUGUAUUUGGCUAAGGUGUAUGUAAACUUCCGACUUCAACUGUAAAGGGUCUAGCAUGUCAUAAUCGUGAUGUGGAAUGCAGUUCAGUAGCAGGGUGUGGUCCUCUGUAGCUUAGCUGGUAGAGCACGGUGCUUGUAACGCCAAGGUAGUGGGUUCGAUCCCCGGGACCACCCAUACACAAAAAAAAUUUAUGCAUGCAUGACUGUAAGUUGCUUUGGAUAAAAGCGUCUGUGAAAUGGCAUAUUAUUAAUAGUGCCUUCAGAAAGUAUUCACACCCCUUGACUUUUUCCACAUUUUGUUGUGUUACAAAAAGGGAUUAAAAUGGAUUUCAUUUUAUUUUUUUGUCAACGAUCUAAACAAAAUAGUCUGUAAUAUCAAAGUGGAAGAAAAAUUCUAACAUUUGUAAAAUAAAAUAAAAAUAAAAAAUAUAUAUCUUGAUUAGAUAAGUAUUCAUCCCUCUGUCAAUGCAUGGGUAAGUCUCUAAGAGGUUUCCACACCUGGAUUGUGCAAAAUUUGCCCAUUAUUCUUUUCAAAAUUCUUCAAGCUCAAAUUGGUUGUUGAUCAUUGCUAGACAAAAAAUGUCAGGUCUUGCCAUAGAUUUUCAAGCACAUUUAAGUCAAAACUGUAACUCAGCCUCUCAGGAACAUUCACUGUCUUCUUGGUAAGCAACUCCAGUGUAGAUUUGGCCUUGUGUUUAAGGUUAUUGUCCUGGUGAAAGGUGAAUUCAUCUCCCCAGUAUUUAGUGGAAAGCAGACUGAAUCAGGUUUUCCUCUAGGAUUUUGCCUGUCCUUAGCGCCAUUCAGUUUCUUUUUUUAGCCUAAAAAACUCCCCAGUCCUUAACAACUACAAGCAUACCCAUAACAUGAUGCAGCUACUACUAUGCUUGAAGAUAUGGAGAGUGGUACUCAGUAAUGUGUUGUAUUGGAUUUGCCCCAAACAUAACACUUUGUAUUCAGGGCAAAAAGGGAAUUGCUUUGACACAUUUUUUGCAGUGUUACAUUAGUGCCUUGUUGCAAACAGGAUGGAUGUUUUGGAAUAUUUGUAUUCUGUAACGGCUUCCUUCUUUUGACUCUGUCAAUUAGGUUAGUAUUGUGUAGUAACUACAAUGUUGUUGAUCCAUCCUCAGUUUUCUCCUAUCACAGCCAUUAAACUCUGUAGCUUUUUUAAAGUCACCAUUGGCCUCAUGGUGAAAUCCAUGAGCGGGUUUCCUUCCUUUCCGGCAACUGAGUUAGAAAGGACACCUGUAUCUUUGUAGUGACUGGGUGUAUUGAUACACCAUCCAAAGUGCAAUUAAUAACUUCACCAUGCUCAAAGGGAUAUUCAAUGUCUGCUUCUACCUAUAGGUGCCCUUCUUUGCGAGGCAUUGGAAAACCUCCCUGGUCUUUGUGGUUGAACCUGUUUGAAAUUCACUGCUCAACUGAGGGACCUUACAGUGUGGGGUACAGAGAUGGGGGUACUCAUUAAAAAAGCAUGCUAAACACUAUUAUUGCACACAGAUUGAGUCUAUGCAACUUAUUAUGUGACUUGUUAAGUACAUUUGUUCUCCCCAAUUGGUAGUUACAGUCUUGUCCCAUCGCUGCAACUCCCGUACUGACUUGGGAGAGGCGAAGGUUGAGAGCCAUGUGUCCUCCAAAACACGACCCUGCUAAGCCGCUCUUCUUCUUGACACACUGCUCGCUUAACCCGGAAGCCAGCCGCACCAAUGUGUUGGAGGAAACACUGUACAACUGGACCGAAGUCAGCGUGCAUGCGCCCUGCCCGCCACAAGAGUCGCUAGAGCGCGAUGGGACAAGGACAUUCCGGCCGGCCAAACCCUCCCCUAACCCGGACGAUGCUGGGCAAAAUUGUACGCCACCUCAUGGGUCUCCCGGUCAAGGCCGGCUGCAACACAGCCUGGGAUCGAACCAGGGUCUGUGGUGACUCCUCAAGCACUACGAUGCAGUGCCUUAGACCGCUGCGCCACUAGAGAGGCCCCGUUUACCACAUUUUUACUCCUGAACUUAUUCAGGCUUGCCACAACAAAGGGGUUGAAUACUUAUUGACAGAAGACAUUUCAGCUUUUCAUGUUUUUAUUAAUUUGUUAAAAAUUCCAAAAACAUAAUUCUACUUUGACAUUAUGGGGUAUUGUGUGUAGGCCAGUGACAAAAAUUUUUCAAUUUUAUCCAUUUUAAAUUCAGGCUAUGACACAACAAAAUGUGGAAAAAGUCAAGGGGUGUGAAUACUUUCUAAAGGCACAUACAGUACCCUAGCAUGCAAACUAAUCCUGGUACUGUAAAGCGAUUAAAAUGUCAGUGCUGUAGCUUUUGGGGGGUUCUGUAUGGACUAAUUGAUGCUUGAUGGAAUUAUGUGUGAAUUCUAACACACACACACACACACAUAGUAUGUACAUUUAAAAUGGAAGAGGAAAGUGGAACAGGGGAAAAAGUAAGGAACUUGUCUGUCGGCCCUGCAUUAAAGACCAUAAUUGGUUAAAGAAAAUUGUGAUAAAUAAAAAAGUAUACCAGUUUCAUUUAAGGAUCAAAGGAUUGACAGCCGUCCCAUAUAGAUUGCAAAAUAGUUGGGAAGAGAUUUUUGACGUACCGAAUCCAUGGCAUAGUGUUUAUGAACUGAUACGCAAAACGACGCCGGAUUCAAAACUUGGAAUAUUUCCAUUUCAAUUAUUAUACAAAAUUCUUGCUACCAAUAGAAUGUUAUUUAUAUGGGGGAUACAAUCUUCCCAGCUCUGCAGAUUUUGCUGCGAAGAGACAGAAUCAUUAGAUCAUUUGUUUUGGUACUGUCCAUUUGUAGCUUGUUUUUGGUCACAGAUCCAGGAAUGGUUGAAGGAUUGCAAUAUUUACCUGGAGCUAACCUUGCAGAUAGCACUACUGGGUGAUCUGAAAAGUCAUAGUCAAUCGGUCAAUAAUAUAAUAAUACUUUUAGCAAAAAUGUUUAUUUUCAAUUUACAAUCUGUAGAAACAAUGAGAAUAGAAGGGUUCAGAACGUUUGUGAAACAUCACAGUACAGUUGAAAAUAUAUAUGGCAAAUAGAAAUCCAAUAUGGAUGGUGUUAAGAGAUAGAUGGGAGGUGUUGAAUGGAGCUGAAGGAUGGGACUAAUAACAACUAACAACAACUAAUAACAACAAGAUAACUAAUGUAAAGCAUACUGUGUCCAUAAUAAGACUGAGCUACAUCCCUGCCGGCCAUUCCCUCCCCUACCCUGGACGACGCUGGGCCAAUUGUGCGCCGCCCAUGAGUCUCCCGGUCGCGGCCGGCUGCGACAGAGCUUGGAUUCGAACCAGGAUCUCUAGUGGCACAGUUAGCACUGCGAUGCAGUGCCUUAGACCACUGCGCCACUCAGGAGUAUGUAUAUAGUAUGUAUAAGCUGGAAGUAGAGGCCUAAACAUUGUUGUUUACUCCAAUUAGGGAAGGGGUGGUGGGGUUGGAAAGUAGUAAAGGGAAAUAUAUAUAUUUUUAAAGGAUAUGUAAAUGUAUUUAUAUGUAUGUAUAUGUGUGUGUGUGUGUGUGUGUGUUAUAUAUAUAUACAGUGCGGAGAACAAGUAUUUGAUACACUGCCGGUUUUGCAGGUUUUCCUACUUACAAAGCAUGUAGAGGUCUGUAAUUUUUAUCAUACACUUCAACUGUGAGAGACGGAAUCUAAAACAUAAAUCCAGAAAAUCACAGUGGGGAAAAAAAAGUAUUUAGUCAGCCACCAAUUGUGCAAGUUCUCCCACUUAAAAAGAUGAGAGAGGCCUGUCAUGUUCAUCAUAGGUACACGUCAACUAUGACAGACAAAUUGAGAGAAAAAAAUCCAGAAAAUCACAUUGUAGGAUUUUUUAUGAAUUUAUUUGCAAAUUAUGGUGGAAAAAUAAGUAUUUGGUCACCUACAAACAAGCAAGAUUUUGUGCUCUCACAGGACUGUAACUUCUUCUUUAAGAGGGCUCCUGUCCUCCACUCGUUACCUGGUAUUAAUGGCACCUGUUUGAACUUGUUAUCAGUAUAAAAGACACCUGUCCACAACCUCAAACAGUCACACUCCAAACUCCACUAUGGUCAAGACCAAAGAGCUGUCAAAGGACACCAGAAACAAAAUUGUAGACCUGCACCAGGCUGGGAAGACUGAAUCUGCAAUAGGUAAGCAGCUUGGUUUGAAGAAAUCAACUGUGGGAGCAAUUAUUAGGAAAUGGAAGACCAACAAGACCACUCAUAAUCUCCCUCGAUCUGGGGCUCCACGCAAGAUCUCACCCCGUGGGGUCAAAAUGAUCACAAGAACGGUGAGCAAAAAUCCCAGAACCACACGGGGGGACCUAGUGAAUGACCUGCAGAGAGCUGGAACCAAAGUAACAAAGCCUACCAUCAGUAACACACUACGCCGCCAGGGACUCAAAUCCUGCAUUGCCAGACGUGUCCCCCUGCUUAAGCCAGUACAUGUCCAGGCCCGUCUGAAGUUUGCUAGAGUGCAUUUGGAUGAUCCAGAAGAGGAUUGGGAGAAUGUCAUAUGGUCAGAUGAAACCAAAAUAGAACUUUUUGGUAAAAACUCAACUCAUCGUGUUUGGAGGACAAAGAAUGCUGAGUUGCAUCCAAAGAACACCAUACCUACUGUGAAGCAUGGGGGUGGAAACUUCAUGCUUUGGGGCUGUUUUUCUGCAAAGGGACCAGGACGACUGAUCCGUGUAAAGGAAAGAAUGAAUGGGGCCAUGUAUCGUGAGAUUUUGAGUGAAAACCUCCUUCCAUCAGCAAGGGCAUUGAAGAUGAAACGUGGCUGGGUCUUUCAGCAUGACAAUGAUCCCAAACACACCGCCCGGGCAACGAAGGAGUGGCUUCGUAAGAAGCAUUUCAAGGUCCUGGAGUGGCCUAGCCAGUCUCCAGAUCUCAACCCCAUAGAACAUCUUUGGAGGGAGUUGAAAGUCCGUGUUACCCAGCGACAGCCCCAAAACAUCACUGCUCUAGAGGAGAUCUGCAUGGAGGAAUGGGCCAAAAUACCAGCAACAGUGUGUGAAAACCUUGUGAAGACUUACAGAAAACGUUUGACCUGUGUCAUUGCCAACAAAGGGUAUAUAACAAAGUAUUGAGAAACUUUUGUUAUUGACCAAAUACUUAUUUUCCACCAUAAUUUGCAAAUUCAUAAAAAAUCCUACAAUGUGAUUUUCUGGAAUUUUUUUUCUCAAUUUGUCUGUCAUAGUUGACGUGUACCUAUGAUGAAAAUUACAGGCCUCUCUCAUCUUUUUACGUGGGAGAACUUGCACAAUUGGUGGCUGACUAAAUACUUUUUUCCCCCACUGUAUAGGUUAUAGGUUGAGAGCUUUUGUGAAAGAGCACAGUUAGAAAGAUAUGGCAUAUAGAAGCAAACCGGAUGGACAUCAUGAAAAUGAUCGGAGAGGUUGAGUGUAGAGGAAUUUCAGGAGUAAAAACAAACAAAAUAGAAUUAUUGUAAAAUUGACUGUGUCCAUAAAAUGUAUAUAGUAUGUAUAAGCUGGAAGUAGAGGCCUAAGCGUUGUUGUUCACUAGUUUACUCCAAUUAGGGGAGGGGUGGUGGGGUUGGAAAGUAGUAAAGGGAAAUAUAUUUUUAAAGGAUAUGUAUGUAUAUGUGUGUGUGUGUGUGUGUGUGUGUGUGUGUGUGUGUGUGUGUGUGUGUGUGUGUAUAUAUAUAUAUACAGUGGGGAGAACAAGUAUUUGAUACACUGCCGGUUUUGCAGGUUUUCCUACUUACAAGGCAUGUAGAGGUCUGUAAUUUUUAUCAUACACUUCAACUGUGAGAGACGGAAUCUAAAACAAAAAUCCAGAAAAUCACAUUGUAUGAUUUUUAAGUAAUUCAUUUGCAUUUUAUUGCAUGACAUAAGUAUUUGAUCACCUACCAACCAGUAAGAAUUCCGACUCAAACAUGCAAAAUCGGCAGUGUAUCAAAUACUUUUUUUUGCGAGAAAAUGUGAAAGUGAUGCAGACAAUUACAUUGAUGGAAGUAACAAUCUAUCUGCAAUCUCUGACAGAGAGGAUCUGGGGUUCCGGUUGAUCUCAGAUCAGGUGAGCCACCACCCACCAGUCAGUGCGUUCCACGCCGAAGGCCUGAAGAAAGACUUUGUGUUCCACGGCUCCAUCUACCCCAAACUCAAGUUCUGGGGCAAGAGUGUGGAGGCUGAACCCAAAGGCAUCAUCACACUGGAGCUUCCCAAGUAAGCCUACUCAUUCAUGCACUGUAACUUUCACACCACAUUCAAACAACACAACAGUUAUGUGUGAUGUUUUCUCAUGUUGCCUGUGUGAAACCAAAAUGUAUUGUUCCACGACAUGUUGUUUUAGAGUUAUUAUUUGUACUUCAGGUACAAUGAGGCCUACACAUGGACAAACCCUACAUGUUGUGUACACAACAUCAUCGUGGGGCAGCUGUGGAUUGAGCAGUAUGGCAACGUGGAGGUGUUCAACCACAAGUAAGGGAAACACUCUCACAUGCUCGGACUAAGAAGGAAAUGCAAUGUGUGAAUGGGGAUGCAUGACCAAAAGAAAUGAAAAGGAAAAUGAUUUGAUGGUAUUUCUGCUUUUUUCACAGAACUGGAGAAAGAUGCUGUCUGAAUUUCAAACCCUGUGGCCUUUUUGGCCAGGAAUUGCACAAAGUUGAAGGCUACAUUCUGGACAAAAGGUAGGCAGCUUUGAUUUAGCCAAGGCAUCUCACGUUUGUAAUUUAUUUCUCCAGCAUGUUGCCAUAUUGAUGGAAGUUAGGUGAUGUCUGCAGUGUUUUAACUGACAGUAUGUGUGUGUUUGGCACAGCAAAAAGAAGGUCUGUUCUCUCUAUGGAAAGUGGACAGAGUGUAUGUACAUUGUGGAUUAUGCUGCAUUGGAGGCACAUAAGAGAAGUGGGAAGGGGACAGCGAAAAAGAAAAGCAGCAAACCGGUGUGUACCCCAUAAAACGAUGUAAUCCAUUACAUGGUGAACACAUGCUUUGAGUUCUCCAGGUUUUUUUUUUACUGCAAAGAACGUAAUGUGCUGGUGUUUCAAGUUAAACAUGUUGGAAGUGUAAAUUCCAACCAUUUUUACCGUGGUAUUUUCAAGUUCUAGUUAAUAUAUAAAAAAUAAAAAAAACAUCAAAUUGAUCAGAAAUACAGUGUAGACAUUGUUAAUGUUGUAAAUGGCUAUUGUAGCUGGAAACGGCUGAUUUUUUAUGGAAUAUCUACAUAGGCGUACAAAGGUGCACAACUGAGCAAGAGGACAAAUACAUUAGAGUGUCUAGUUUGAGAAACAGACGCCUCACAGGUCCUCAACUGGCAGCUUCAUUAAAUAGUACCCGCAGAACACCAGUCUCAACGUCAACAGUAAAGAGGCGACUCCGGGAUGCUGACCUUCUAGGCAGAGUUGCAAAGAAAAAGCCAUAUCUCAGACUGGCCAAUAAAAAUAAAAGAUUAAGAUGGGCAAAAUAACACACACUAGACAGAGGAAGAUUGGAAAAAGUGUUAUGGACAGACAAAUCGAAGUUUGAGGUGUUCGGAUCACAAAGAAGAACAUUUGUGAGACGCAGACCAAAUGAAAAGAUGCUGGAGGAGUGCUUGAUGCCAUCGGUCAAGCAUGGUGGAGGCAAUGUGAUGGUCUGGGGGUGCUUUGGUGGUGGUAAAGUGGGAGAUUUGUACAGGGUAAAAGGGAUCUUGAAGAAGGAAGGCUAUCACUCCAUUUUGCAACGCCAUGCCAUACCCUGUGGACGGUGCUUGAUUGGAGCCAAUUUCCUCCUACAACAGGACAUUGACCCAAAGCACAGCUCCAAACUAUGCAAUAACUAUUUAGGGAAGAAGCAGUCAGCUGGUAUUCUGUCUAUAAUGGAGUGGCCAGCACAGUCACCGGAUCUCAACCCUAUUGAGCUCUUGUGGGAGCAGCUUGACCGUAUGGUAUGUAAGAAGUGCCCAUCAAGCCAAUCCAACUUGUGGGAGGUGCUUCAGGAAGCAUGGGGUGAAAUCUCUUCAGAUUACCUUAACAAAUUGACAACUAGAAUGCCAAAGGUCUGCAAGGCUAUAAUUGCUGCAAAUGGAGGAUUCUUUGACGAAAGCGUAGUUUGAAGGACACAAUUAUUAUUUAUUUUAAAAAUCAAUGACUACAUUUCCUAUGCAUAAUGCUAUAUUUCCUAUUCAAACUCAUUUCAUGUAUGUUUUCAUGGAAAACAAAGAAAUGUCUAAGUGACCCCAAACUUUUGAACUGUAGUGUAUAUAUAAUACAUCAAAAAAGGUCCAGCGAUUUUAUAGUGACUCAUUCAUUGAUUAGCAGAGGUAUGGGAUAGGUGACCUUUUGUACCGUUCAGUUCUCGACUUUGGGAUUGUCGAUUGUUGAUUUUGGCUGCGGGUGUUCCCGUCGCUGUGAUGACAACUCUUACGGUUGUAGAUAGAAGAACUUCAGUGCAUUGCUCCCCUCAUGUGGGGUCGUCAUUAGUUACCACAGCCACAAAAUCAUAAAACCUGCCUAUUUCUACAAUUUCUCUUAAAAUGUGAUUUUAAACCUACCCCUAACCCUAACCACAUUGCUAACCUUAUGCCUAACCCUAACCUUAAGUUAAGACCAAAAAGCUCAUUUUUGUUUUCUAUACGUUUUACGAUGUAGCGAAUUUAGACUUUGUGGCUGUGGUAAAUAGUGGAGACCUCUCUUGAUAUUGUUGUAUGUACUGUUGUCCAAGAUAUGGAAGGGCUCAUCCCAAAGACAGACUGCAGGCUUAGGCCAGACAUACGAGCCAUGGAGAACGGAGAUAUUGGUAAGAAUCAUCAGGGGCGCAACUUUCACUGAGGACAGGGGAGACAUGUUCCCCCCACAUUCUGAAAUUGCAUUUUUGUCCCCCCCAGUUUUAUCAUUGUAAUGUGAUAAAAAACAGGGCAACUGUAUGCUUUAGGACCAUGCGGACACCUCAGAGCGGUCGGGUAGGCUGUUUGGAGUGUUUAUCCGACUGGAUUAAAAAUAUAUAUAUAUCAAAAGUUAUGUCCCCCCACUUCUAAAACCAAAGUUGCACCCCUGAGAAUCAUGAUGAGUGAUUGUGUCUCAUCUGCAAACAGUUGGUUUCCUUGAACACACAGUUGAUCUAAGCUAGAUCAGUGAAAACCCUGUUUUCUCCUUGUUGUAGAUCUUGCAAGUGAGGAGAAGAAGAGGCUAGAAGAGAAACAGAGAGCUGCAUGCAAAACACAUUCCAAAUCUGAUGACAAGUGGAAAACAAAGUAAGACAAUGAGAGAAAUACUGUUAAUAAUGUUCUGACAAUUGAAUUUAUGUUAUAGUGUCUAUGUAUUGUACAGCAAUACACCCAUAUAUUUGGAAAUAAAAGCGUUUUUUUUUUAAAGAUAAAAAAGGUAUCCCUUCAUUUAUAUGGAGGACUAAAAGUGCCACAAUUAAAUAAAUAAAUACACCAUUAAAUAAUUACUUAAAUGUGUCAUUAAUUAAUUCAAAUUAGAAUUAAAUACAUAAAUGUGUUAUUAAAUGUGUCAUUAAUUAAUUCAAAUACCGAUUCAUUUUAUGUAAAAUACAUAUAUAAUAAUUUCACUAUUUACAUUUACAUUUCAUGGUCCUGCGUUGGAGUGCUUCCUGAAUUACUUAAAACUGUCAAACUGACCCAUCAAAAGUUGGUAGGCGGAACCUAACGCCUGAUUGGUUACCCUCUGCAUCAAGCCAAGACAAAUCAAUUCCGGAUAAUGUCAGCAGGUCCUGCUUCUACAUCCUCUGCUAAGUUUAAAAUGUCUCUAACCAACUCCCUGGAAAGUUCACGGAGAUCCUCCAUUGUCUCUAUCCAGGUUGGCCUACUCUACUUCAGACCAAAGCAAUGGAUCAGACUAGAUUCGCGUUAGCCCCGCCCACUGACUUUGAUGGGUCAGUUUGACAGUUUUAAGUAAUUCAUGAAUCACUGCAAUGCAGGAUCAUGAAAUGUAAAUGUAAAUAGUGAAAUAAUUAUAUAUGUAUUUUACAUAAAAUGAAUCGGUAUUUGAAUUAAUUAAUGAUACAUUUAAUUACACAUUUAUGUAUUUAAUUAUAAUUUGAAUUAAUUAAUGACACAUUUAAGUAAUUAUUUAAUGGUGUAUUUAUUUAUUUAAUUGUGGCACUUUUAGUCCUCCAUACAUUUAAUGCAUGUCUCUAUUUGUAUUUGGUUUACUGCUUUAUAACAAUGCAAAGUCCUACUUUUCUCUUCCAUUGUCUUGUUCUCUGUGUUGCACCUUUGCUUUGAUGUGAAGAAACCCUGCCCUCGGCCCCAGGUUUGAGUUGCUUGCUCUUCUAUUUUGUGCCUUACAUGUGCUCUCCACUGUCACACUGUUGUGUGGUAGCUCCAUCUACUGGUGCUAAUACAUACUGUGUUCUGAUCUCUGAAAUUCAGUUAGUGGCCCAAAUGAAAAUAAUUGCAUACAUACCCACCGUCCAUCUUAUUGCAUAUAACCAAUGUCUUUAUAGACAUACUGUUUAUUCAUGCAUGCAUUGCUUUAUGUUAUGUAGAUACUAACUUUCAUCCAUAGAAUGACAUGAUGAAAGCCUGAACCCCGCCCAUGCUCACGGUAUCCCUCCUGUGUCUCCAGGUGGUUUCAACAGGGUCAGAAUCCCCACAAUGGCUCCCAGGACUGGUUGUUCUCCACUGGGUACUGGAACCGCAACUUUCCCCUGUUACCUGAUAUUUACUAA